AUGUUUGGACGCCGCAUCCGGACGAAUCUGGAACUGCUCUUGCCACCACCACCAAAACCACCAAGCGAGGCAACGGAGUUGAAAGGUGGUUCCCGGAAGCGACGGUUUGAACCGCACGACCUGGUUUACGCGAAGCUGUACAGCGGAAACAAGUGGCACUGGGCGCCUGGCGUUGUUUGCGACCGGGUUGGCCAGGUGAUGUAUACCGUUUGGGUCGAGGACCGCCGUAUGCUCCGAUCGCACGCAAAUCAGCUUCUCAGUCGUGCAGAUUGGGAUCCGAAGACAGAUGGAGCAGAGAAGCCGAAGUUGGCCCUCGACAUCCUGCUGGAUUCCUGGAAUCUGUCGAAACCAACCUCGGCUGCGGACCCAACAACACCGACGGUCUUGGACCCGUCACUACAGUCAGCAAGUUCGGAUCAACGCUCGUCACCUGGUGUCCCAGAAUGCUCGCCAUCCAUACCAAGAUCACCCGAGCAGGUUGCACCACCUGAAAGCGAGCCUGCGUCGCUGGUACUGGGGCUUCGUCGUUCUACACGAGUUCGAAAGAAGCCUCAGCGGUUCAACUCGUACCAGCUCAAUUGA